CAUACAUACGUGUAUGUUGUCGGCGAUUAGCCUAGCAAUGAUCUUAAUUGUGGUUGUCAGCCCAAAACCCUCUAAAUAUAUAUUAAAUGCAUCUUACCAGAUAUAAAAUGACUACUACAUAAUCUGUGGUAAUCGUUUAGAGCCCAGUUUUCUCGUCGAAUUGCAGCAGCCCAUCUCGCUCUCUUCUCUCCGGGUCUCUCGGAAUCUGGUAGAACUUCAAGUCUCUCCAUCUUCUCCGUCUAUCUUCUCUGUUAUUGCAACCGACCGCCACACACGCCUUCACCAUUUUGAUUAUUAAUGUUAACGAGCAGAAAAACACGUCGUAAAUAGGAGGAAUGUACGUAGCCGUAACAGGGAAACAUGAUGUGUUGACGGACAAUUGGGCGGCACCAGUUAGGAGGAAGGAGUUGUGACGUCACGUGGGUAGGGUCUAUACAGAGAUAAUAAUAAAACUGGAUAGGAUGUCGUCAUAGAAUAAAUUGGAGCUAGUAUCUAUGUUUUUUGACGUUAAUGACGUAUAACGUAGGCGCAUAAGAUUUGUUACUGUAAAUAAUUAGCCCCAAAAAAACCCCGACGUCUUUGGACAGCUUUUUACGGGGAAAAGGCCACCUGACGAGAAAGAAGAGAAGCCUAUGCCAAGUCCACUCUACAUAAUAUGAGGCCAACAGUUUGCAAACGAGGCAAUGAAGCCUUCAAAGCUGCUUCGGCACAUAGAGACGAAGCACCCAGAAAUAAUGGAUAAGCCUUUGGAAUUUUUUAAACAAAAAAAAAGCGCGAACACGAAGGACAGAGACAAUUAGUGUGGGUCUCCAACCAACAAAAGCGAAUGCACUGAGAGCAUCAUACCUUGUGUGGCGAACCGUAAUGCUAAAGCCAAGAAACCUUUCACCAUUGGAGAAUUGAUUAUGCCUCUGACCAAGGAUAUUUACUGUCAAGUUUUAGGACAGAGAAGGUUCAGCGUCUGGUAAUUUACAUUUUCCUUGCACUUAGCAUUUGUUUUUAGCACUGUCGUGUUAUUUUAUACUUACUAUUUUUCUGCCGGUCCGUGGAAAAAAGGCCCACAUCACACCGGUCCAUUGUGCAAAAAAGGUUGGGGACCCCUACCCUAGUGUGUCUGGUCAUUGUGUUUACCCACUGAUUUCACCUGUUGUUGGCUGCUCCUUGUGUGUUGACCAAUCAGCUGCCUCUUUUGUCACCCACCUGUGCCUCAUUGUCUCGUUAACCCAUGUCUGUAUUGAAGAUCCCCAUUUGCUGUCUGUUCUUGUUGCGUAAUUCUGUUCUGCGUUCAUGCCUGGUUUUUCCUGUAUCCCAUAAUGUAGAGCUGGUGUUGAAUUCGCCAACCUCUCCGGAAUCAGGUACUGCCAGCGUUCGGGCUAGACCCACCGUCAAACAUUACACUACAUCUGAGGCUUUUCAACCUUUUGCUGUUCCAACACCCAGAGUCCCGGUCCUCCCCACUAUCAGUGGGCCAAAGAUCAAUGGAGCAGUCAAUGGAGAUCAGUUUUCCUAUGGGUCAAAUGAGGAAGAAAUAUCGGUUCCCCCUCCUCCCUCCACGGCCCCUCCUCCGCCUCCAGAGACAUUUAUCCUCCCUCCACCAGACUUUUUGGGUUACCUAAGCACCUUAGAGAUGACGGCCCUUGAGCCUCCCCCUACAGUUGCACCAAAGCCACAACGAACUGAAGACAAAAAUCGGCGCAUCAUAAAACCCCCACCAAUGCCCCCACCUAAGCCUCCGUCUACAGGCUCCAGUGGCUCUGCAUCUUCAACUCCCAUUUCAAAACCAUCGCCAGCCAAAGUCCCCAAACAUCCAAAUUACGCCCCGCCACUUCCUCCCGACAAAGGGCAGCAAAAAACCUUAAAAAAUCCUCCUCCAAAACCCAUUAGACACUCAUCAAUGGCCAACCUCGACUCUCCGCCAGCGAUUCCUGCCCCACCUCCUCCUGUGAAGACUCCUACACAAUCCACCUUCAAUCCCCGAAACACAGCAAAGCUUAACCAUGUCUCCAAUGUCUCAGUCCUCAGUGGCUAUGGGGAACAAGACACAAGACCCAAACAGAUGCUACUCUUUGAAGAUACAGAGUCUCCUAAGCCAGUGUCACCGUCGGUCCCGGUGAAUGGAGAUGUCCUCAGGGAGAUGCCAAACAAGCCAGUUCGCAAAGAUCCACUGCAUCACAAAGAAAAUUUACAAAGUACACGUCUCUCUCAUACAUCUGUAUAUGAGCCACAAAAAUCCGUUUCCAAAGAUGUUCUGUAUCACAAAGAAAAUAUACAAAGUAUUGAGCCCUCUUUGUCACACAUGCCUGAAGUGACCACAAAGACAAACACAGAGAAAGUAUUAGCACAGAAUGGAACAGUCCAACCACUGAGGGCAACAUACCAGAUACCAAGGAAACUUCAGACAGGGAACAGAACUCUCCUGACCGCUGAGGAUAUCCAAGGCAAACUUGGUCCAAAAGCAGCUGGUAAAUCUAGUCCAUUAUCAGACAGCUUUAAAAAUGUUGAAAGCAGUGAGGUUCAAGAGGCUGCCUCUCCUCUGUCUCUUCUACUGGCGGCUCAGGAAAGAGACAGGUAUAAGGGCGUUCAGUCUCGUGAGCACAGCCCCUUGGAGAAUCAGCGCAGGGGAAGCAUUCAGCAGGAUACUAACUUUCCCAAACCUCUGACUACAAUCCAAAGAGCCCUUUCAACCUCCUGUCUCUUGCCUCAGGACAAAAUGCAAAUAAGUCCAACAUCUGUUAAGCCUGUGGAGCAUUGUGACACAAAAUCAGCAACCAUCUCGCGGAUGAAAAAUGCAACAUCCUCUAAGCCAGUUGAGAGUUUGACGACACCAGCACCAUCUGUAGAUAUAAGCAGCCAGCAUGCGGUGAGGAAGGUUUCCAAUAUUAAUGCUGUAGAGGACAUGGAAUACACAGUUGUGCCUCUACUCCCGCCACCUCCAGAAUUCGACGAUUUCGAUGACAUUAUGAAGUCCUCUCCUUCCACUAAUCCCCCUGAUGCCCCAUUAAAUACGGCACUAACACCAAAUAUGGACUCUCUUCCACCUGCUCACAUUCCCCCUUCACCGCUACCUAAAGCUUCAAAACAACCAGCUCCAAGUAUCAAUGUUCAAGCUAAGUCAAAGUUCCAAACAAAUUCUAAGAGAGACCCUGCAAUGCAGUCACCUACUCACAUUCCACCUUCACCAUUAUAUAAAGCCCCAAAACACCCAGCUCCAAAGGUCAUUCAACCUAAUGCGCAGUUCCAGAUAAAUUCUAAGACAGACCCCGCACAGCGGCCAGCAACUCUGUCGUCAAACAAAGCUACGCUUGUGAGCAUUUUGCAAAAAAAGAUGUUGGAGAUGGAUCACAAAAUUACUACCACAACGGAGGCAGACUAUGACUCUGAAGACUGGGGAGUGCCACUUUCCGAGGAAAUCAAAGCCCCUGUCAUCCCAAAGGCCAUGCCACAGGCCAAGAGUGUUUCAACUCACCACAAGCAGGGAGGCAACGUGGGGAAAAAAUAUCCGGACAUUGACGACAAUGAGCCACUAUCAAGCCAUCAGUAUGGGAUGACGUAUCGAGUUCGGCCUGGAAGCAAAAAACCCAUUACUCUCGUUAGAAAAGGACUAUCAUGAGUAAAACACUAUACACUGGUAUCUCUACUUACAAACGUUUCCACAUAUAGAAUUUUCAGGUUAGGACACGCCUCAACGGGAAAAUAUUGCCUCUUGUUAAGAAAGAAAUUUCAGGAUACGAAAGGCAAAAAUACAGUAUGGCUGGUACUUGCAGCUCUCAGUGUUAACUGAACGCAACAUACUUAUAGCUGCUCUGUCACUGGCUAUUGCUUAGCAUUCCUGGCAUUCAAUUGGCUAAGCGUGACCUCUACUGUAUGUGUGUGUGUAUUCCAGCGUCUUCUUCAUUUGUCCCUUGUAUUCUGACAGAUUUACAUGAGUGUAUUAACUUUCAUUCUUUAUUCUUGGUUUUUUUACAUUAUGAACAACUCAGAUUUUGUCAUUUUGCAAUCUAAUUGCAACAUGUAUUUUUUACAUGUUUUACGCAUUAUAAAAGAAUUAUGUCUGAAUAUUGUGGCGCUUGUAACGGAUUAGGGCAUUUACAUGGAAAACUCGUCUCUACUUACAGAAUUUUCAAUUUAAGAAACCAAUUAAUUUCUUAAGUAGAGGUACCACAGUAUUUAUUAUUAAUGAUUUUAUAUCACACUUAAUUCUCGGAAAGAAUACUGUACACCAGGCCUGGGCGAUAAAUUGAUUUUAAUUUAAAGAAUUAAUUUGAGGGGGUUUUUUGUGUGCAAAUGAUUUUAAAAAUUGUUAUUUGAGGUAUUUUUUCAUUGUUUUUUUUUUUUUUGUGUGUGUAUCUGUUUGUUUGUUUGUUUUUUGCCAUAAAGGAAUGCUAACUAAGGGGAGAGAAAAGGAUAUUUAAGACAGAUAUUUUGCACUUUACGUUACUUUUGUUCAACAAUAAACUAUUUUGUUUAACCCAUUAUAAGGCAAGUGACUAUUUUUGGUCAUUAAAAAUGUAAUGUAAUUAAAAAUGUUAACCCUAGAAUAACAUGGCGUUCACAUACAUGGACAUCAUGUACAUUAAUUUGCCUCUCCCAGUCAAAAUGGAUUGAACGUCUAGCACCUUCAAUGGCAGCCAAUCAGUUAAAUGAGUGCCCUCUAGUAGGUUAAAUUUGUUUUGAUCUUUCUCUGUAUUUUUUUUCCUAUUGUGUCCUUAGAAAAGUAGGGGUGAGAAAAAAACUAAAAAUAUUUUUGGUGAAAAAUAAUCACAAAUUUGAUUUUGAGGCAGUAUCGCCCAGACCUACUGUAUAGUACGUACUGUAUGUAGCGUGGACAAAAAGAACAAUUGAAAGACGGGAUUUAAACUCUAAGGGUUAAUUAACUCUAAGUCACUGUUUUAAUCACAAUGCCGCUGGUGAGAAGCAAAACAAAAGGGAAUCGGGCCAUGCUAAAUUCUAACUAUAGGCGCUCUAUUAAAUUAGUAGCAUCGAGCACAGUAACAAAACAUUACAGUGACACUAAUGCCAACAUGUUCUCAGCUAGUGGUUGUUCUAAUGUUGUCAUGGCAAUAAAGUAUUUUUUAUAGUUCACUAUAAACUAGAUUAUAAAGCUGUUACAGACGAAUUCCGAUCAUGCAAUUGGCAUUUGUUUGUCCUCCAUGUUGGAGGUUGAAAUCGGUACGAUAAGCUAGGUCUGAAAGGGAAGGACUAGUAGACUGACUACGGUCACUGGCUUGAAGUUAACCGUUUCUCGAUUGACCGCAGCAAGUAAACAUUCAUCAUGGGCUAGGUAAUCAAACAUUCAACAUUACUGAUUGAGCCAGCGUAUGAAAAAAGUGCAAUGAUUGUCAAUAAAGUGAUUUUUAGUCCAGAAUACUCAUGAUAACCCAAAUUUUAGCACCCAAAAUUUGUCCCCUUAGUCUGGUCCUUAUUUAAAAGUCGCUCGGGCAAAGUUGUUGUAUGCCAUUGAAUACUCACAUAAAUGAACCAGCAUUCCAAUUUAUAUUCCAUUCAAAUAAAAUACUAGCAGCCUUUAAUCUUAAAAGCAAAUGCCUCUACCUCAGACUUUUAAAUAAAAAUAAGCAUAGAAAUGACCAUAAUUUUUGGACUAUAAGCCACUACUUUUCCCCCUCGUUUUCCGUCCGGAAGCUCAUUUGUUGAUUUAUUUGGGUUAACAUUUUAUUUGACGGCAUCAUAGGACAGUCAUAAUUAUGAAAUGACACUGUCAUGGGCAUUAAUGAAUGCUUAUGAAAGAUGUCAGUGUCAUCUGGCAAAUAUUGUCUCUAACUCUUUUAUGCCUAUAGAAUUUCCUGGAUGACACUGAAUGACAUCUGUCAUAAGCAUCAUUAAUGACAUCUGUUAUAAGCAUUCAUUAAUGCCCUUGACAAUGUCAUUUUAAAAUUAUGACGGUCUUAUGACAGUCUUAUGACACCGCUGUUAACUAAGGUUUUACAGGUCAAUAUUGUUUGUUGUAAAUAUCCCAUAAUACAGUGAGGAACACUGUGGCUCAUAGUCCGGUGCAGCAUAUCAUGAACAAAUGCUGUUUUCGUGUCAAAUUUGGUGGGUUGCGGCUUAUAGUCAGGUGCGCCUUACAGUCUGAAAAUUAUGGUAGGGAUGUACUUAUGUACUGUAGGGACAGUAUAGAACAUGCAUUGUCAACAUUGCUAAGCUUGAAAUCUUACCUUAAAAAUUAUAUGGAUUAGUUAUCUGGUCUGUCAGUCAAGUCUGUCUUUUCCUCGACAAAUUUUCUAGCUGUCCACCAUGAUUCCAAAUUGAUGCCGUAAAAAGGUGAAAUGAAGAGCCCUCUCGUCUCAAGACAUUAGUAAAGUAUAAAAUUAGUAAAGUAUUAGUAAGUCAAGACAUUAGAAAAGUAUAAAAUUCUACGUGCAAAACACUGAAAGAAUCCUUUCUCAAAGUAACUUUUUUUGUUGUUGUAAAUAUAAAUAAGAUGCUGCUUUAUUUGUGGAGGGAUAAUGUUGCUGCUCAUUGUAUGCUAUUAGUUGCAUAAAAGAGCGUCUUUGCUUUUUCUUUUACCUCUGUAUUGGCAAUUUAUCUGUUCAGUACGCACCAGAAGGAAAAAAAAAAAAAAAAAAAAAAAACACCAGCCC